AUGUCGUCCAGACAGACGAUCAGGAAAUAUGUCUGCCCCCGUUGUGAUCGGAGCUAUGGCAAAGCGGAACACUUGAUUAGGCAUGAGAGAUCACAUACUGGCUCUCGACCAUUCGUCUGCGAGCGGUGCAAUCGAAGUUUUACCCGGGCAGACAGUCUAGCCCGCCAUGCCAGGCGUCAUCCGAGUGAGGCGAGCCGAAAUACUCCACGAGCUCCUCCAGGGCGAUCUACAACUCCGCGUCCUGAACGAACAAACACUGUUCCUCCACCGCACAAUGCCAGUGAUCCCACAGUGCCUAGUGAAUCAUCGAGCAACCCAUACGAACCUAUCUCGGAUUUUCAGACGACCUCCGAAGCUGCCUCCCUGGACAAUGACCCCUUCGGCUCUCUGAACUGGCCAGAUUCUGCCAAUCUGCUGACUUCCAUUCUCUCCGCCGAGUUCACCUCUCUCCCCUCUCUCGAUGGGCUCCCAUCUCAAUCCGUCUUCCGCGGCGGGCCGGAGUUGCCGUCGGAUCCCGUGUCUCCUUGGGCCACUUUAGAUAUGGAUCAAAGUCUUUUACAUGGCGGUAAUCAUGCGGUUCAUCAUUUGAGUCAGAUGAUCAACACCUUGUCGGCCGAUGUCACGUCUGAAGCACAGGGCACGGGGUUCACGAGCGUCUUCCUGGACGGUUGCCUUCACAUGUUCUUUACUCAAUUUCUCCCCUCAUUUCCUGUCGUCCACGCUCCCACCUUUGUCUUCAAGGACUGGACUCACCCGUUAUUGCUGAAUGCCAUUGCCCUUGGUUCGCUCUUCGUGGGAAAGAAAGAUUACUUGGCCAAGGGCGAGGUCCUGUGGAGAUUGGCACACACUGCCGUGGCGACUUCGUGGCACACCUUGAUCAAACAUCGCGGCCCCUUUGAUAGCUGUCAUGGGAUACAGCUCGUUCUGACCGCUCUAUUGGGACAGGUUUAUGCGACGUUGUCACAGAACGCUAGUCUUCGCAUGACGGCGCAAGUUUUCCACAGUCUCGGUUUCUACUGGGCACGGGAAACGGGAAUGUACGAUAUCGAGGAAGACGAUGACCGUCCUGCUCUUGAUCCUGGCCACGCGACGGAUGCCAUUGAAUACAAGUGGAGAGUAUGGGCGGCGAAGGAGACUCAACUCAGAGCCCUCCUAGGCCAUUACAUCCUCGAUGGCCAAAUCUCAGAAUAUAACGGCGGUCCAACCUGCCAGCGUCACACAUCACAUUCGUUACCCAUGCCCGCUGAUGACUCCCUCUUCGAAGCCAAGGAUGCCUCGACGUGGAUGGAAAGAGCGAGAUUGAGGAGACGGCGCCCACCGCCUUUUUCACGUUUGUUUACUUCAAUAUUCUCUGAAAAUGUCCAUGUGAGGCAUUUAGGGAAAUCUCUCUCCUUGUUCACGGCUUCCAUCACAUUGGAAGGGUUGAAAUCACUGGUGGCGGAGAAGACGAAUGCAGGCUCAACCAUGGUGGGUGUGCCCUCUAGUUUCGACAUAUCAAGAGCUCUCGGGAGACUGUAUGCCUUUAUCAUGCAGAGUACAUCCAUGUCAGGGGUGGCCCAAAAAGUAGCUCUGCUCCGGUGGCACACCAUCGGCCUCGACGUGGCGACGGACUUCAGUUGGCUCUGUCGGAAUCUGUGUCGGAAGUAUAGUGUGGAGCAACGAAUCGUCGGAGGACGAACAACGCCGGCGCUGAAUCUGGAAUCAUGGGUCCAUUCUCCACGAGCCCGACAGGCACUGCUUCACGCCACCUGCAUUCAGCGUAUUUUGCAGGAACUACCCAACGCGCAAGCACAAAUGAUUCAUGUUCCGGUGGCCAUUUUCAGUGCCGGUAUUAUCUACUGCGCGUUUCUCCUGGGGGGCGUGUCCAGUAUGGCCGUCCCCGAGACCGAGGAAUGGGAGAGUGUACUGUUGAUGAAGAUCGACGCUCCCUUCCAUGUCGCGGACCAAGAACUUGACGCCGACGUGCGUCAAUAUCUCACCGGAUCGUUCAAUGGCACUCAAAAGAACCAAAACAUCUUGUACGAUAUCAAUCUCUUUUCUACAUCCCUCAAAAGCCUUACACAGCUUUGGGGAGUAUCUGCGCACAUGCAAAGAGUGCUAGAUCAGCUGUCCUCCCUAUGCAUCUAG